ACCGCAUGAUGAAGAUUAUUAUUUAUUGUUAAUAAAAUAAAGUAUUUUAUAAAAAAAAUAUAUUUUGAAAAAAAAAAAAUUCAUGCAAAUUUAAAACGAAUGAUAAAAUAUUGAAGAAAGUGAUUUUUUACACAUUUUUCGUGAAUACAUAAAUUUUAUAUUAAACAGUAUUAAACAAGGAAGAAGAAAGUUGCCGCGAUCAAGUGUCAAGGACUGUCUAACCCGUCAAAAGGAUUAUUAUUUUAUUAUUAUAAAUUGCAGUGAUUCAUAUUCAUAUACGAACAAAAUUCAAGAUUUCGUUUGAACUAAAGGUGGAGACGAAUCAAGUGCAAGACUUAAAAGAUGAACGACUUUAAUUUUACGUGAAGUUCAAAAAAUCCAUAAAUUUUUUAAUCGGUUAACACACCUCAAAUCAUCGUCAAAAUUAUGGAAGUUUAGAAAAUACGAAGAGCAGAGAGAAAUAAAUCGAAAAAAAAAUUAAAUCAAUAAAUUGAUAUUAUAUUAACUUAGUUUUAGCUACAAAAUAAUAAUCAUAAAAAUGACUGAAUUAACAUCAAAAAUAUUCUUAACAACGCAUUUAUUGCUGAUUAUUGUGAUAACGACAGUCUCGUCGUGGACUCCCAGCUCACAACCAAAAUUUUUAGUCAAAUAUGAUGAGAAACAGUCAACAUUUUUCGGUAAUGCUUCGGAUUAUUUCAAAGUGUUGGAUCAGGAUGAUUAUACGCUGUUAGUCGGUGCUAGAAAUGCCUUGUACAACAUCAGCAUGAACGGCUUGAUUGAAAAUACCCGUGAACGCAUCGAGUGGAAGUCAUCGGACGCGCAUCAGCAGUUAUGCACGCUCAAGGGUAAAAACGAGUCCGAGUGUCAAAACUACGUACGUGUCUUUGCCCGGAUUUCCGACAACCAGAUCAUGCUUUGCGGCACAAACAGUUACAAGCCGCUCUGUCGUUACUACAACGUCUUGGAUCAAAGUUCUGACGAAAGUCGCUUCAAGAUGUCGAAAGAGAUGGAAGCACAAGGUCGUUGUCCGUACAAUCCAAAGCACAAUAGCACAUAUGUGUUUGCCGAUGGAUAUUUGUAUUCCGCUACUGUAGCGGAUUUUUCGGGUGCUGAUCCUCUGAUUUAUCGCGAAGGACAACGCACGGAGCAAUAUGACUUCAAACAAUUGAAUCAACCGGCUUUUGUGUCUGCCGUCGAUUACAACGGUUACGUUUUCUUCUUUUUCCGCGAAGUGGCGAUGGAAUACAUGAAUUGCGGCAAGACAAUUUAUUCCCGUGUUGGACGUGUUUGUAAAAAUGAUCGUGGCGGACCGCAUCCAUUCGGCGAUCGUUGGACGAGUUUCUUGAAAUCUCGCUUGAAUUGCUCGAUGCCCGGAGAAUUUCCAUUUUACUUCGAUGAGAUACAGGCAACUACUAAAAUCAUGGAAGGAAUUUACGGCGGUGACCGAAAUGCAAUUAUCUACAUGGUAAUGACGACUCCGGUGAAUGCCAUUGGAGGUUCAGCUGUGUGCGCAUUUGCCAUCAGUGACAUCAUGGAUGCGUUCGAGGGUCGAUUCCGUGCUCAGAAAACUGCAACAUCAAAUUGGCUUCCAGUGCCCGAGGAAAAUGUUCCCUCACCACGUCCUGGCACUUGCGUCGACGAUUCCCGAACACUUCCCAGCAUGACGGUCAACUUUGUUCGCUCGCACACACUCAUGGAUGCCUCGGUGCCAUCACUCUACGGACAACCACUCUUUGUUAAAGUCAGUUUGCAGUAUCGUUUAACGGCAAUUGCGGUAGAUGCACAAGUUGAGGCCUUAAACGGCAAGAAGUACGAUGUGGUAUUUGUUGGCACCGAUGACGGACGUGUCAUUAAAUUCACAAAUACACGCGCGCCAGACGUUUUGGAUGUCGAUACUUCGGUGAUUUCGGAUACGCAAGCAUUGCCUCAUGGUACUCGAGUGUCCGAAUUGAGAGUUUCGAAGACAACAAAUAGUUUAAUUGUCGUCGGACAAGGAAGAAUUGUCUCAAUUCCGUUGUACAAUUGCAAGGAAAUGACCAAAUGCCGAGAUUGCUUAGCGCUGCAAGAUCCGUAUUGCAUGUGGCAUGACACCAAUCACGAAUGUUCUUCGAUCUACGAUAACACUGCGAAAAAUGCCAAGGAUAUCUUCAUUCAGGACUUGACAGGCAAACAAAAAACCAAAAUGUGCAAAAAAUAUUACAAUGACGAGAAUUUGGUGGAACAACCGCCAGUUGUUAUUCAAACGCCUGCUCAUGCGACGUUAACGGGAGUCGGACGAUCUGGAAUUAACUUUGGCAGCACGCUCGAUAAUAACGAACUUGCCAAUGAAAUUAUUAGAUUCCAUCAACUUGACGUAGAUUCCUUGGAGCCUGUUCCCCGUGAGAUUUCCGACCCCACCAUCAAUCAAGUUCAAACCAAUACCGCCAGUUUGGGAUUCUGGGUGAUAAUUGUAGCAAUCGCGACUAUGGCUGGUGUCAUUUUUGGUGUUGUCAUGUCAAAACGGUGUUCAAAAAACGAUCCCUUCCCUUCGGAACAUCAUCGGAAUCAAUUGAGCUGGACUGGUAAAUCGCGUCCAAUCCUUCCGCCGCCAAAUCGGAAUAGCGGCAAGGACAUCAACUUACUCAUGAACACAACAAACACCUUUACGUCGCCAUGCAAUAACAAGAAAGAUAACCUCGAGUUGGAACUCGACUCGAAAGACCGGAAUCACGAGUGCAAGAACUCGACGGAAAGCUUAGAGAAAGAAAUUCCUUACAAGACUGGAACGUUGCAGAAAGUGAAGAAGACUUAUAUUUAGAAAGUGUCCGAAAAAUAUGCGAGAGCGAGAGAAAGUGUAUGCUAGUAGUGCGAAUGAAACAAAAAAAAAAUUGUACAAAGUUUUAAUUUUUAACUAUUUUAAUUUAAAUAUUUUUUUUAGCUUAGAAUAAAAUAAUUAUAAAAAUUCAUGACAAAUAUUAUAAAAAAAAAUAUAUAAAAAAAUACAUACAGUGCUUUUAAGGCCUUUAAUAUGAUAAAAAAUGAUACAAAAUGUUAAAAAAUAUUUAAAAAUUAUAAAAAAAAUGAAAUAUAAUAAUAUUAGUCAAGUCACCGCUUGUUAGAAUUUAGGAAAAAAAAUUGUUA